AUGAGUGAGCUAGUAGCUGCCACACUUCAAUCAAAUACUGAAGAAGAAAGUAUCAAGAGAUUGGAAAAAAUUGACAUCCGCCGUCAAAAUCUAGAAUCCGAACAAAAACACGCCUUGUCAGCCCUGAACAGUUUUCAAAAGACAAGAGAAGAAACCGAUCAGAUAAACAAGUUCAAUGACUCUAUCGAAAUCCUCCGAGAAUUAAAAGAAGAUUUUACGGAAAAGUUUCGGGAAGUGUCGGAAAACUUGGAGUCAAUAAUUGAAGACGACAAAGAUGUUACUCAGGCGAAAGUUGGUGUGGAGUAUUUGAAUUUGAAGAUGAAAGAUAUUGAAAACCAUUUAAAGAUAGUAGAAACGAAUGGUUCGAUUUUGAAUAGUUUCAAUGGAACUGGACAGCUAAACGAGAAUAUUUCAUUAUCAAAGCAGUGGAUUAAUUUCUUUGUGAGAAAGAUCAUGGACGCCGAGAAACGGGUUGCCAUGAUUUCCCAAUAUGAAACUAUGUAUGAAAAUUUGAAGUUCAUGAGGGCCUGUGGAGAGGAAGAUGAGGCAGGAAUGGAAGAAAUGGUGAAGCAGUUCAAAUUACAAAUUAGCAUGAUCAAACCGUCCACUUGGGAACAAAAACAUGUUGAGAACUUGAGAAUUUCUAUCAAUAACUUCUCAGAAGAUGUCGAUGAAAUUGGAUUCAUAAACGCAAAUCUCGAUGAUGCUCUACAACAAUUGACUAGUAGUACUUUCAAAGUGCUAAAACUGGAAUAA